AUGAUGGGCUGGGCCGCUGCGCCCGGCACUCAAGGAGCAAUCCCCCCUCCGCCUCCAGGAACCUACGCCUAUCCCAACCCUGCAUACACCCAGGUUCAAGUUCGCCAGAACUUCAGUCAGCCGUACUCUGCCCCUCCUCCAGUUUACCCAGGUGCCCCUGUUCCACCGUCCCCAUACGGUGCACAACAGGUGCCUCCUCCGCCCCCAGCUAAUCAACCCGAGCCCGCCAAAAAGAAGAUGGAAUGGCCCAUGUCGGUUCGCCAAUACGUCCAACGAUCCUUUAUUCCUGACAACCUGAUUGCCUCGGUCUCACGUAUUGAAAUGGAGCAAAAGUUGAGGGAGGUCAUUUCUGGCGCUUCCCAACGCGACGAACUGCUUACGAUGGACUGGGACAAUCUGCCUUUGCCCCAGCAGUUGGUCAUGCAGGAGCGCAUCAAGUUGCGAGAGUCACAGAAGCCUGCCCUAGGCAGCAGUCCCAGUUCAGCCAAGAAGAGAAAGUCCUUUGACGAGGACGGAAGCAAAGAUAGCAGCCCGGCUACCGCAGCUCCGUGGCACCGUGACCUAGCAAAACGUGUCAGCUACGCUGCCGAUGACAAGCGCCAAGCCAUGGACGAGCCUUUGGCCAAGAGUAAGUACACAAAGGCCAACGAGAAGCGACAAAAACGUGCCGAACGCUUUGGUGCUCCCCAGCCGUCCCCUCAGAGGUCUCCUACGCCCGAGCCUCCCGCUGGUCCUGUAAUUGGAACGUGCCAAAAAUUGGAAAAGAACUACCUGCGGUUGACUGCGCCACCCAAGCCUGAAGUUGUGCGCCCAGAACAUAUUUUGCGGCAGACCCUGGACCUCCUCAAGAAGAAGUGGAGGAAAGAGAGAAACUACUCUUACAUUUGCGACCAGUUCAAGUCCUUGCGUCAAGACCUCACUGUGCAGCGGAUCAAGAACGACUUCACUGUCGAGGUCUACGAGAUUCACGCCCGGAUCGCAUUGGAGAUGGCCGACCUUGGUGAGUAUAAUCAGUGCCAGACCCAGCUCAUGGCCCUGUACAGGCUGGGUUUGAAAGGUCAUCCCGAUGAGUUCAAGGCCUACCGUAUUUUGUAUUUCAUCUACACCGCCAACCGUUCGGACCUGAACGAUGCCCUGGCAGAUCUAACCACAGCAGAGAAAUCGGAGCCUGCCAUCAAGCACGCACUGGGCGUCCGUUCGGCCCUGGCCCUAGGCAACUACCAUCGUUUCUUCCAGCUUUACAUUGACCCCUCCCAUAUCAAGAUGGGCGCGUACCUGAUGGACAUGUUCGUCGAUCGUGAGCGUCUUGCUGCACUGUGCAAUAUGUGCAAAGCUUACAAGUCAGACGUGCAGCUUCGAUUCAUAACUGAGGAGCUCGGGUUUGAUGCCGACGGCGAUACUUAUAAGUUCCUUGUCGAUCAUGAAGCUCAGGAGCUUCUUGAAGAGCGUGAUUCCGUUGUCUACUUCUUGAUGAGCAAAGCCAACGGGCACUUCAAUGCUGCAAAAACCAAAGCCUUCGCCCGGGUUGACAUCAAAGGCCAGAUUUGA